AACAGUUACUUCUCAAGUUGAUACUGUAAGAGUCAAAGCAAAGGCUUUGCCGCUUUGACGUGGCGAGGGCUCAUUUCACUGUGUUGCUCACACUGGAUUGUCUAUUGCCCGCCACCACGCGGCUGUUCUAAUACAUUCCGUAUUUAACAGUCGAUCGUGCGUGGCGGCCUUAGCUGCAUCCUCCUUUAUAGAGGCACCACACCGAGUGCUCCUAUCUCAGUCACGUACCGGAGCUCCUGUUUUUCAUCACACCCAAUCCUGUCUUUGCGCUUUCAAUCUCAUGCAUCAAGCUCUGCGCCUUACCGAAAUUAUAGACCAGAUCAGCUGGCACACUGAUCGUGACUCACUUCCCGACCUUGCCUUGACGUGUCGAACAUUUGAAGGUCCAGCACUUGACGCCCUAUGGAGGAAUUUGCCAUCCCUAGAACCAUUGAUCAACUGUAUACCAACGCAUCUCUGGGGCCACAGUUUCCAAGGGGAACUGAUACUGCUCAGGCCCAUCGAUACCACGACCUGGGCCACUUUUCGUAAAUACGCAUUCCGCGUGCACUCCAUCACACAAUCUGAAGAUCCAUCGUCCAUUAUUGAAUAUCUUCGCUUACUAAUGUUGUCUUACCCUUACCCAUCAUCGACCAUGUUUCCAAAUCUCCGAAGUUUGGCUUGGAAUGUCCAUGAAAUCCAUCUCGCCAUCGAGUUCUUGCGUAUGGCAUUUGUAUCUUCCUUGGUUUCCUUGGAUCUACGAAUUGCCUCAAUUUCGCCGGCCUUGAUAUGCAUGUUAUCCACUAUCGGGACCGCAUGUCCUAAUCUCACCUCCUUUCGACCUCAAGUAGACAACCCAACAUGGAACCGCGAGCUUGUGCCCUUCCUGACACAGGCGAUAUGUCAGCUCCAUCGUCUUUCUACUUUGACUGUGUGCGAGCUUGAAGAUCCAGGGAUGAUGCACGUUACACAGCUACAGUCUCUGAAGACACUUUGGCUUUACAUAGGGCCAUCUUCUCUCCGACGCACGGGGUUGCCACCGCAGUCACUUGGUCUAGAAUGUCUGGAACUCUUGGGUCUUCAAGCUAUCAGACUCAACCAUAUAACGGACUUCUUACGUUCUCUUCGGGCCGUCCAAAGCAAACGUCUUAUGGCCGUCUUUUCCUCUAACGCAUUUGAACAGCAAUCCAAUUUCAUUUCCGAGUUCUGCACCAUACUCCUGGAACGAUGCGACAACCUUGAGGCUAUAACACUAUGCGAACCAUUUUACAACACAUUUCACAAUGUAUACGCCCAACCAGGCAACUUUGGCCCUCUGCGCCGUCUUCGCAAUCUCACCCAUUUCGAUGUCGAGGCAGCAUGUACCAUCUCGAUCUCCGAUGAUGAACUAGGCGAGCUGGUAAAUGCAUGGCCGAAGCUCAAAACACUCAGACUGAGCUGUUAUCGCGACCCCACUAUUACUGUGCUGCCUACCUUCCAUGGGCUAAUCAAUGUGCUUCGACUUUGCCCUGAAUUGGCAUCUCUCUCCCUUGUCAUUGAUACCACGCAGCUCGAUGGCAUAAACGUCAAAUCUCCCGGAAACGGUAACCGCAACAACGGUUUGCGAGAACUCAUCCUCGGUAACUCGCCAAUUAGCUCUCCAUUGGAUGUGGCUCUUGUCCUUAACAGUCUCUUACCCAACCUGCCGGGGGUGAAUCUCGAGGUUUGGAUUGAUGACCCACUCGAUGCAUUGUUCGAGAAGCCAUGGGAGAUGGAGCAAUGGAAGCUCGUCAAUUGCUUAAUUGAUGGUUUUCGCGUUGUAAGGACGCAGUGUUUGGGGCAAUAGUUGACUCUUGUUCGAAUCACUUAUACCGCAGCCAGUUCCGUGUCAGCAUCUGCUGGUAUUAUUAUCUGUUUGAUUUAUUACUAUCAACUGAGGCUGGAA